GUUUAAACUCAGUGAUGCUGAAAAGAGUGAGCUCCCCUUGCUAAGUAGCCAGUGAAUGGUUUAGGAAGGUGAAAUAUGGCUGACGAUGGAACAGCGAACACUUUCAAUACCUCAGCUUCUACCGUUCCUGUAGCUUGUCAGGGAAGUUCCCAGGGCUACCAGAUGCCAUCUACUGAAACAGACUCCAGUAAGACUACUACAAAACCGACUACUACAGAUCAAAAUCCCUCUCCAGCACCCGGCUUGUUCCCAGCUUAUUCUGUUCAAUCUGACAUUGCACUUGAAGCAAGUCAUGGAAAGUCUUCAGAUCUUUCCUGGCUCUCCAACAAAAGUUUUCCUAAUGAACUGGCUGCUAAUAAUUCUACACUGCCAUCAGUCAGUAGUAUUGCUGAGGAAUCUAGUGAUGAGGGAAGCAGUGGUUUCAGCUCUACUGAUGACGAUGAAGACUACAAUGAUGAUGAAGAUGAUAAAGGAGAGAAAACUGAAGAAAAGGAUGCUAAAGAUACCAUAAGCAGCACAGAGGACAGCAAAAUUAAAAUUGAACAAGUCUUAGGAGAUGAAGACCAAAACAAAGAUGGUGAUUCUAAGAAAAACUCAAGUCAUCGGAAUACAGAAAAUAGUCACUCACUUAAGAGAAAACAUAAAUCCAAGAAACACAAGCAUUCUAAAAAGUAUAAAAAAUUAAAGUAUGGAAAAGCUGAUAAAUAUGGAAAAAAUCUUGCUGAACUCUAUAAAGGUGUUCCUGGUCAAAUUUUCCUUGGAGAUAAUGUCAAACCGUCUCUUGAAAACAUCUUCAGGAUUGACUGCAAAGCUGAUACUAACAUCUGGACUUAUGGUUCUCUUUACAAAUUACAUGUUGCUAAAUAUUUUCAGUGUUGCAAAUUUUGUCUCGGACUGACAGAUAACAAUGCUCGAUGUUUAUUAAGUAACCGAACUACACCAUCUUCAAGUGAAAUCAAAAAAUUAGUAACUAAACGUUACUUUGAUGCUGACAGUUUGAAGCAAAUGAUUAGUCCUUCACAGAAAACCCAGCGGUGUCAAAAUGUGAAACAAACUUCUGAUCUCCUUCAUAAAAAUGUCAUCUUGUUGACAGAUGAUGAUGUUAAUUCUGGGCACGACAACCCUGGUCAUCUUGACGUAGCUUUGAAUCAACAGGUGAGUGACACCAACACUGAUGUUGAAAACAAUAUUAGUAUAGCAACUAGUAGCCCUGUGCUGGAGAAGGUUGCUUACUAUAAUAAACGACUACAUUCAGAGUCACAUAAUGUAUCUCUGUGGUUGGAGUUUGUGUCAUUCCAAGAAACUUUUCUAGAGAAGCACAGCAAAAUGAUGUUUGAUGAUAGCGUCCAGCUUCUUUCAUUUCGUGGUGUCCUUGAAAAGAAAGUGGCUAUUCUAGAUAAAGCUAUUGAAUUUAACCCUCAUUCAGUUGAUCUAAAGGUUGCUCGUUUAAAACUGUGCCACGAUCUAUGGGAACCAAACAAAGUUCAGGAUAGUUGGGAAAAACUCCUCUCUAAACACAGCACUGAUUGCAGUCUGUGGAAGAAUUAUCUGCUUCAGCGCCAGUGCAACUUAACUACAUUCAGUGUGCUCAAAGUUACCAAACUCUACCAUAAGUGUUUCAAAUGUUUACUAGAAGCCCAAAAUUCUGAAAGCUGCCCACAAAUGUUAAAAAACACUCUGAACAAAAAUUUAUUGGACAUAUUUGUCCAGUAUUGCUGUUUCAUGCUGCAGACUGGUUUUACUGAAAAGAUGGUUGCAUCAUUACAGGCUAUGCUUGAAUUUAACCUAUUUUGUCCAACUUCAAUAGAAAAGAGCAGUACUGAAGAUCGUAUUGCUGUUUUUGAGAGCUUCUGGGACAGUGGUGUUGCUCGAUUUGGUGAACCAGGUGCUGAAGGCUGGAAGUCAUGGGUUGAAACAAAAUCUUGUACAAAGGAUACUUCUUAUCGCUCAGUGUCAAUUGAUGACAUUGAAGAGGACAUAAUUUCACAAAACAAACCCCAAUGGCAGACGUGGCUGAAUAUUGAACAACUUAGAGAAUCUGUACACUGGCUGCCAUGGCGACCUGACACCAGUGCUGAUGAGACACUAGAAGACUGUGAGGACCUUGAUCGCUUGGUGCUGUUUGAUGAUAUAGCUCCAGUGUUGAUUCAAUUUGAUGAUGACAGAUUAAAACUGAUGCUACUAAUUCAUUCCCUCUAUCUACUUGGGGUCUACAGAAAUGAACAGCAUUUUCUGCUCCUCACAUUCCUUCAAAAGUGGUUUAUCUCCCCACUCACACUCAUUGACGUUCCACAAGCUGCUGUUCUAGAGACCGGUUUAACAUUUGAACUUUUAAGUGGGAAUAAAGCUAGGCAUGAACUUUUCCAAAAAUUCGUUGAUAAUAUUUUCCAGCAAGCUGUUAAGGUAUUUUCAGGUGAGAACCAAACUGCUAUCACUUUGUUAUGGUUAGAACACCAUUUGUCUUUAUUACGGAAAUCACCAUCUGGUACUGAUAAAACAUCUUCAAAAGACAUUCACAAGUUUGCCAAAUCUUUACUAAAAGAGAACCAUAACAGGAAUAAUUUAAUUCUUUGGAAUGCAUUUGCCCGGCUUGAAUGGGAAUUGGGCCGGAAAGAAGAAGCAUUUAAUGUUAUAGAGACAGUUUUGGUUAUGCAAGGAACCGAUCUGCUUCAGAUCAAAGAUCCUUGGGAAGGAGCUGGCAUCUGUGCCUUAUACCACACAUACAUAGAUAUUCUUCUUGAUCUGAAAACUGAUUCACUGCCACCAUGUUCCAGCAAAGAGUGUUCUUCUCAAGAUUUAGACAAAUCUCGGUGGGCCCUCAUUCAUUUAGCAGAAGGUACCAAGCUAAAUGUAAAAAACUAUAUUUUAAAUACAAUUUCACCAACUAUGGUUCUGAAAACCCGGAAGAAAUUUGAUGAGAUCUCUGAACGACUUUGGGGUCAAUUCCAGCAGUCCACCCACGACAAAUUGACCAGCAUCUGUUACUUUCAUACAGAGUUUCUGGAGUGUUUUGCCUUGUUUGAAUAUUGUUUCAAUCGCCUCAGUGCUGCUGUGUCUUUAUUGGAUUCUGUGCAGAAUCAGUUCGAACAUUACUUGAAGAAGAAUGAGACAGGUAUUCAUACACAAGAACUACCCUUUCUUGAAAGUCCAGCAGAGAAACAAAUCAUUCUUCAUUGUGAUAGAAUUGCUAUGAAAUUAUCAUUGUAUCACAUGACUCAUCAUCAUCUAGCCCUGGGAUCCUUGAAGCAACUGAUCAAGAAAGCUACUGAAAGGCACCCUUCACAUCCAUAUUUCCUUAAGAUUUUAGUUCACAUUGAACAAAGUUCCUGGCUAAUGGGAAACCUUCGAAGAUAUUUUGAUCGCUGCCUUCUCAGCUCAACUUUGGCUUCACCUGUUCUGCUCCUAUUUGCUUUAAGCUAUGAAUUAGAACAUCAAAACAAACUGGAAAAGCAAGCAUCAAUUGAUGGAGUGGUAUGUGCAACCUCUGGAACAUUGCAUCGUUUACGUUCAUUAUUUGAAAGAGGCUUAAAUCAGCCACAAAUUUGCAGUUGCCCUCUAAUAUGGAGACUUUAUUUAUAUAUUGAGCAUAAAUAUGGUGAAGCUGAGAGAGCUACAGGACUUUAUUACCGAGCCUUACAACACUGCCCCUGGGCCAAGGCCCUUUACAAAGAUGCCAUUACUAUGCUUGGAGAUAGUAAACUGCAGGAUAUUGUAGACCUAAUGCUGGAGAAAGAGAUGCGAAUUCAAAUUCCUAUUGAAGAAAUUGCCAUUCUCAGAGGAGAUGAAAACAUUAUCCCAGAUAUUACUAUUUCGGAGGAAAACCCAUCAGAUACUUCUAAAGAGUGACAUAUAUUGAAGUAGAUAUUUUAAAAUGCUGUGAGUUGUCAAUGGGGCAUAUCUUAUAAUCUAUGAACAUGUUGCUGUGGCAGGUGAUAUCAGUAUUUUCAAUUUUCUUACUAUUCCAAGGUCUUUCUUUAAAGUCAUCUCUUACUGCCAUGAAUCCAUAAAAAUAAUGUUUAUCACUGUAAAACACAUCCUUCCAUUCAAAAUUUCCUAAUAUUUUUCCAAAAGAUUAAUUUUGAAAUAUUUAAAAGUCACUGAUUAAUUAAUAAUUCCAUAUCAUAAACUAUUAAAUAUGUUAAUGCUUAUAUUUAAAAAAUCUGGAUUGGAUAUGGCUUUAAAAAAAAUGGAGCUGUAUGUAAUUAUACAAUAAAAAGUGAGAUAAAAUGUUAACUGGAAGAUUUUCUGAAUUAUAAUUGUAGUGAGAAAGCGAUCUGAAUGAGUUUACAUUGGGCUAUGGUAUGUGAUUUUAUUAUUUAAGGAUUAUAAUCCAUCUUUUAGUAUUUUUAAAAAGUUAAAUAUUAAAGCUAAGCACUGAAACGAAAUAAACUCUUAUUAUACACUAAUACAUUUAGACUGGUGUCCUCAUCUUGAUUGUUGUAAGUCACUUUGUUUUGGUUUUUUUUCCCCAUCCAACCUUCAUGUACCAUAAUAUUUAGGAUUCAUAUUCCAUGCUGGUAUGGGUUGAACAUUUUUACAGAGUCCAACGAGUCAGAGAAAUGUGUCAAGCUCCAAUGCCUGUCUUUGCAUGGUUUCUAUUGUAGGAUGCCCUUCCUAAUGCCAACCACUUUACAGAGUGUAUUGGGUGCUCUUUUAUGUCACCAAGUAGCUCACAAGACCCCUUCAUUGAAAUGUGUAGAAUUGAGGGAGGUGGUUUUAUAAGAGGAGAAAACGGUGGUGAUGAGGUGUCAGGCUGUACCCAAAAGAUACAAGAGGGUGAAUACAUGAGGGAUGGGGGCAGAGAACCAGUUAAGUUUGCAAGGGUGUGAGGUAAGUGACAGAUGGUUAGUGGUGGGGAAUAUAAGGACUUAGGAAACAUGGAGGUGUGUGGUCAGUAGUGAAUAUCAGUUUGAAGGAGGGUGAAAGAAAUAGGAGUGGGCCAAAGAGGAGGAAGUGAUGAGUGACAGUACAAAAAGUAGGGUGGGGGAUGCUCAAAGACUGAGAUCCCGGGUAUAUAGGAGUGAAUAUAGGGAGAUGGAAUUUCAAACUGAUCCCUUUAUUAAAUCUACAAGGAUGGAUUGUUCUUAUUUAGUUGUCCAUAUCAAAAUAAUGAAAACUAAAUGGAAUGACAUGGUCUCUGUUUUAUGGACUGAAGGCUGGAGGGCACAACAGUCAAAACAUUAUGACUAACAACCAACAUUAGUAUACUUGUCUAAAUAUAUCAUUGUAUAAUAAUGAAUUAUUCCUCUCAGUAAUUAAAACAAGAAAUAGAUUUUAAGAUUGGCAUGUUGGAAAUUUUGGCAUUUCAGUGUUUGUAAUGUGGUUAGAUUACAGAAGCAACACUUAGAGCAAAGACUUGUCCUUAACACAGUAAACUGACAAAAGAUUUAAUUUAGUGCUGCUGUUGCUUAUGAUUAUGUGGCUGUGACACUGAGAAUCUUGGCCAUGAACAUAAUGCAGUACAUGUAAUAGAAUAUAAACAAUCGACUAACCUUUCACCACUUUAUUGCCUGAAUUAUCUACAUCAGGGGUUUUCAAACUUUUUGACUUGCGGACCCCUUUAUAUUUCAGGCUUUACCUUAGGGACCCCCUUAUAAAUGCUUAUGAAAUUUAUACAUAAAUAUUUGCUUAAAAUAACAUUUUUACAUUUGUUUAUUUAACAAAUAGGUUUAUUUCAAUUAAAAACCAUAUAUAAAAUCAAAUUGCACAUAAAAAGUAUUUGCUGUUUGCGGACCCCCUGAGGUCCGCGGACCACAGUUUGAAAAUCACCGAUCUACAUUGUUAAUGUAAUACAAGCUAUCUAUUAUAUAUACACACACACAAACACACCAUCUUCAUGUUGAUAGAAUAUGCAAAAACACUAUAACCAGGACUACACAAUAGUUGACACCUCACAUGCAUUUUUUUCUUAUAUAUAUAUCAUCAUCAUCAUCAUCAUCGUUUAACGUCCGCUUUCCAUGCUAGCAUGGGUUGGACGAUUUGACUGAGGACUGGUGAAACCGGAUGGCAACACCAGGCUCCAGUCUGAUUUGGCAGAGUUUCUACAGCUGGAUGCCCUUCCUAACGCCAACCAAUAAAAACAGUUUUAGUCAAAGGAAUUAGAUGUUACUGUUAGAAAUAUGGUGGAAGUGAACCCAGAAAUUUGUGAAUGUUAAUAAAAAUAUGGUAUUUAUUAAGUUAGUAAUUAAGGAUUUUCAUUAUUGAUUAAUAAAGUUUAUUUGUAAGUAGGUUUCUAUGUAUAAAAUGGUGCAGAUUUGAUUAUUGUAUUAAACAGUUAUCUUAAUAAAGCACAAGAUAUGCUUGCUACACCUACAGUGUAGACAUAUGCCUAUCAGUAUUUGCUAUCAUUAAAAAAAAAGUCUUUUGAUUUAACCUGCUGGUAGGUUAUAGUUUGUUUGAAAUAUUAGUUGUAUAUUAACUGCUGAAAUGACCUUAAAGUACAAAUGAACUGUGAUGUACAGUCUAGAAUUUGUUAUGGAACUCCUUGUGAAACUUGUGUAUAAUUAAUUUACAAAGCAUUAGAGUGUGUUUUAGAUAAAUCAAGGAAGGCCUGUCAAUAUUCUAAAAAAAUAGUUAUUAAUCACUGAAUGUAAAACAUAAGCAUAAAAUCAAUUUUUUUUAGGUGAGGUGUGUAGCUGUUGGAAUGGAACCUUAGCAUGUCACUGGUACUUAGUUUAUACACUCGAGAUCAGCAAAGUUGAUCCUUGCAGGAUCUAAAUUUGGAACCGAAAAGGAUGAAACUUAAUACUGUAAAAUUUUUAGUUGGAUGUGGUUGUCUCAGCCACUUCAAACACUAACAAAAAUAAUUGAAUUAAAAUUUUUUUAAUCAUUUAUUUUUCAGAAGAAAAAAAAGAUUAACAAUCUUUAGUCACUACUACUGAUCUGAAAAAAUUUCCAACAAUAGCAAAUAUAUCUCAGAUACAAUUCACUCCAAAUAUGUGUGGUUAAAUUCUUACAAAAAGUUUCAUAUUGCUACAAAUUGAUGAGAGUAGCCUUUAGAUUCUAAACAUUUCUGCCACAUGUAUUGCGCACUGUAUGAAAAAUUGUUUAUUUUUAAUGAAAACUCUGGGAUCUGUCGAGAUAACUUGGUAUAUACCUGAUUAUUAUAUCAUCCAGCGAAUGUAUGCUGCCUUCUGUCCUAAAUUUGAAGUCCAUUUAUCCUCUAUACUUACUGUAUUAUACUUUAUAAAUUAAAGAAAAUAUACAUCAUUUUGUAAA